GGUGGAAUUGAUGAUUUAUUGUGUUCUAAUAGGGACUGGAGCUGGAAACUGUCAACGCAAACUCAAGUCAAACUUGAAGAUGAAGUUCCAAUGUGUGUUUGAGGGAAUCGCUAAAGCAGGAAACCCAUCUCUUCUGAACCAGAUCUACACAGAGCUCUACAUCACAGAGGGAGGGACUGGAGAGGUCAAUGAGGAACAUGAGGUCAGACAGAUUGAAAGAACAUCCAGAAAACCACACAGACCAGAAACAACAAUCAGACAAGAAGACAUUUUAAAGCCAUCACCUGAAAGAGAUCAACCAAUCAGAACAGUGAUGACGAAGGGAGUGGCUGGCAUUGGGAAAACAGUCUUAACACAGAAGUUCACUCUGGACUGGGCUGAAGGCAAAGCCCACCAGAACAUCCAGUUCAUAUUUCCAUUCACCUUCAGAGAGCUGAAUGUGCUGAAAGAGAAAAAGUUCAGCUUGGUGGAACUUGUUCAUCGCUUCUUCACUGAAACCAAAGAAAUCAGCAGCUUUGAAGACUUCCAGGUUCUCUUUAUCUUGGAUGGUCUGGAUGAGAGUCGACUUCCUCUGGACUUCACCAACAAUGAGAUCCUGACUGAUGUUACAGAGUCCACCUCAGUGGAUGUUCUACUGAUAAACCUCAUCAGGGGGAAUCUGCUUCCCUCUGCUCUCCUCUGGAUAACCACACGACCUGCAGCGGCCAAUCAGAUCCCUCCUCAGUAUGUUGACAGGAUUACAGAGGUCAGAGGGUUCACUGACCAACAGAAAGAGGAGUAUUUCAGGAAGAGAUUCAAAGACGAGGAGAAGGCCAGCAAGAUCAUCUCCCACAUCAGGACAUCACGGAGUCUCCACAUCAUGUGCCACAUCCCAGUGUUCUGCUGGGUCGCUGCUGCAGUUCUGGAGGUGUUGGAAGUAGAAAAGAGAGGGGAGCUUCCCAAGACCCUAACUCAGAUGUACAUCUACUUUCUGGUGUUUCAGAUUAACAUGAGGAAGACCAAAUAUGAUAGAGCAUCUGUGGCAGAUCCACACUGGAGUCCAGAGAGCAGAAAAAUCAUUGUGUCCCUGGCAAAACUGGCUUUUGAUCAGCUUCAGAAAAGAAACGCUAUCUUCUAUGAAUCACACCUGCUAGAGUGUGGCAUCGAUGUCAGAGCAGCCUCAGUUUACUCAGGAGUGUUCACAGAGAUCUUUAAAGAGGAGACAGGGCUGCACCAGAAGAAGGUAUUCUGCUUUGUCCAUCUGAGUGUUCAGGAGUUUCUGGCUGCUCUUCAUGUUCAUCUGACCUUCAUCAACUCUGGGAUCAACCUGAUGGAAGAACAGUCAACAUCCUUGAGAUCUGAGACGAGAGAAGACGAGUCUGCAGAAACGGAUAUUUACAGGAGUGCUGUUGACAAGGCAUUGCAGAGUUCCGACGGGCACCUGGACUUGUUCCUGCGCUUCUUCAUGGGUCUUUCAGUACAGAACAACCAGAGACUUCUGGAAGGUUUGUUGAGACAAACCCCAUGCUGUUCCAAUACCAAUCAGGAAACUGUCCAGUAUGUCAAAAAGAAAAUCAGUGAGAAUCUACAAGCAGAAAAAAGCAUAAACCUUUUUCAUUGUCUGAGCGAGCUGAACGACCGUUCCUUGAUGGAGGAGAUUCAGCGUUCACUGGAUUCAGGAAGUCUCUCCCCAGAACGACUGUCACCUGCCCAGUGGUCAGCUCUGGCUUUUAUCUUGACUUCAUCUGAACAAAGUCUUGAUACUUUUGACCUGAAAAAGUAUUCAGCCUCAGAGGAUACCUUCCUAAGAUUGCUGCCGGUGGUCAAACAAUCAAAGAAAGCUAUCCUGAGCCAUUGUAACCUCUCAGACAGAAGCUGUGAGACACUGUCAUCGGUUCUUGGCUCCUACUCAUCAAGCUUGACAGAGCUUAACCUGAGUAACAACAACUUGAAGGACUCUGGAGUUUUCCUCCUAUGUUCUGGACUGGAGAGUCAAGAUUGUGCCCUGGAAGCUCUGAGGCUGAGCUCUUGUAAUCUGUCGGGAACCAGCUGCAAACAUCUGUCCUCGGUGCUACGGUCCCAGUCCUCUCGUCUGACUGACUUGGACCUCACUAACAAUGACCUCAGCGACUCGGGGGUGAACCUCCUGUCUGCAGGCCUGGAAAGUCCACACUGCAAACUGCAGACUCUGAGCCUGUCAGGCUGUCUGAUCACAGAGGAAGGUUGUGCUUUUCUGGCCUCUGCUUUGAGCUCCAACCCGUCUCAUUUGAGGGACCUGGACCUGAGCUACAACCAUCCAGGAGAAGAUGGAGAGAAAUUGAUGACGGCUCGAUUAGAAGAUGGCCGUUCCAGACUGGAGACUCUCAGGAUGGAGCCUGCUGGAGUCCAAUACUUGAAACCAGGUUUAAGGAAGUAUUCCCGUCGGCUUGUUUUUGACCGGAACACGAUGCACAGAAACCUAAAGCUGUCUGAGGAUAACAGGAAGGUGACGCAUGUGGAGGAGGACCAGCUCUACUCGGAUCAUCCGGACAGGUUCGACUGGUGCCGCCAGCUGCUGUGCAGAGACGCUCUGAUUGGCCGCUGCUACUGGGAGGUGGAGCGGAAAGGAAGAGUUCAUGUUUCAGUGAGUUACAGAGGAAUCGGCAGGAAGGGAGACAGCGACCUCUGUGAGUUGGGAUACAAUGAAAAGUCCUGGAGUCUCUUCUGCUCUGACGGCAUUUACUCUGUCUAUCACAACAACAAAGGAACAUCGGUUAGUCUCAACUCCAUCUCCUCCUCCUCCUCCUCCUCCUCGGUCACCAGCAGAGUGGCCGUCUACCUGGACCAUCCUGCUGGCCUGCUGUCCUUCUACAGAGUCUCCUCAGACUCGUUGAUCCACAUCCACACCUUCAGCACCAGCUUCUCUGAACCUCUGCAUCCUGGGUUUGGAGUCGGCUUCAGGCCGGGUCCCUCCGUGUCUCUCUGUUUGGUUUAGACCCGGAAAGACGCGUUCCAUCACUCCUGCUGGAAAGCCUUCAUGCUUUUAGCAUCA